CGUGCUGCCGUGCGGAGUGUUCUUACAAAGUCCGAAAGUCCCUCAAGUCGCCCAACGUAUCCAACGCCAGCAGGAGCAGCAGCAGCAGCAGCAGCACGGUGCUGCCGAGUGUCGGUGAAGCUAGAGGCAGCCAGGAAGGCAGGUUGGAGCUGGAGUUCGGUUGGAGUAGUGUGCAGUGAUUGCGCCGUUGGUGAUUUCGGUGCAAAACGAUUUGACCGGAAGGGUUUGUUCCGGACCAGCCGGGAGUGUUAUAGCGAGUGUAUCGGUACUACGGUGAACCGAAGGAUCAGCAGCAUACGAGCGACGAUUAAAUUAUAAACUAUUGGUGAAGAUGCAUCAACUAUCAACGAUUUGUGUAACGCUGGUCAUCGUUUCCGUGUUGGUGCAGAGCGCGAACGCCAAGCGCGGUUGUGCUGCAUUCGGACAUGCCUGUUACGGUGGACAUGGAAAGCGUUCCUCCGCAUCGGCUCCCGAGGCGCUAGAUCAAGGAAGCGUUACCCUGGAUGAUCUGCCCAUUCCUUAUGCCAAGCUAAUCCUCGACAAACAGCGAUCGCUCAUCCCGAGCCCGGAAGAGAUACGCGCCAACGAUCCCUCCUACACCAUGGAAACGCCAUUUUCUAUCCGUCGCCCCGAUCCAAGACGUGAAGAGUUUAAAUACGCGAUCUACGCAAUGCUAAGGCAAUUGAUGGAUGAUAGCGCUACGAAUCAUCAGGAUGUACUGCAUCAGCAGCAACCAUCGCAUCAAGCGUCCUUCCAACGGGAAUUGUCUGGCAUGCACGAAGUGGAGCGAAAGUAAAAUCCCCGCAUUACCUGCUACUGCUGUCUGUUUGAUGAAUGGAAUCUUAGCUUCAUUGUUCAUCACCUCCCUUGCUGUUCCCCUUUUUCCAACAUCAUCGGUCAUCCACAUUCAUCGUAAUACUGGAGGGUGGCAACAAUGAACGGAAGCAUAUUUCAGUUACAAGAUGUAGAUCGAAGGGAUCUGGGAGGAAAGAUGGCUGCAAGGAAUCUGUAGCAUUUUAACGUUUCAUUUGAAGUAGACACGUCCGGGCGCGUGGUAUGUUGAUGUUGCAUAGAUCGUGAGAACAUCGAGAAAUGUUUAACAAAAAAAGAAAACCAAAGAAAGUGGUGAUAACGAUCAUCAUCUCAUUGCCGUCAUCAAGAGUGUGGCAUCAGCCACCUAGCAAUAUGUGCUCGAUCAUCUCGAGUCCCCGGGAAUGCGGGGGCUACUGAAGCAGUGAAUGUACAUAAAGGAGUAUUCAGUGUUGUGCGGAUUAUUUAGACUGCACCGAAAAUGGAAGGUCCCAACACCUCAUUCUAUUAUCACAAUUAUCUACCAAUGGUUGUUGUUACGCAUACAAUGAAAUGAAUUGUUCAAUGAUGAGCCAUACACGAGCAGCGAAAUGAAAUGCAAAUGAAGACAUAAUAAAAACAAAUGAUUAGACGAAAACUGUUUUGGCUGGGACAGUUUCGUUUAAU